GAACUGCAAAAUAUUUGACCUCUCUGAAAAGAGGCCCUUCUCUAUACACAUGCACUAUACAGAUCAAGCAGCCCCUCAAUCAACCCUCUCUUAGAUAUGAUAUUAACAGAUAUUAACAAUAGCUUAACGCCAUUGUAUGAAAUCAGUGAGGAUAACGCCGCCGAUAAAAAACAGCCUUUGUAAGAAUCCAAAGUUGAGGUGCAACCUGUAGAGUCACAAGGGAGUGUCGACAAAAUCACAGACCAUAGAAGUGCAUGGACAGGGAGACGCGAGAAAAAGGUGCGGUCGAUUCUGACUAGUUCACUCGGUAUUCGUACUCCGCGGACUUCGUUUCGUUUGGUCAUUAAUAGCAAGCAUCAUUGCUUGUAUUUCUUUCUGACCAAUUAACAAGUCAUUAAAAUGCAGUCUGCGAUCCUAGCCGUGGGCGCUUUGGCAUGUCUCCUGAUCGGAGUAUCAGCACAACUCGAUGGAUGUGAUUCUGACCCGUGCGAGAGGGGAGUCUGUGCACCUUCCCAAGAUCAAUACAUAUGCGAGUGUCCGGACAGUGGAAAUCCUCCAUAUUAUCACGGAGUCAACUGCGAAGUCGGUAGUUUUUUCACUCUUUGUCCCGGGGGACACGUCUUCGAGAACAACGUAACGCGGUCUUACGCUAACAUUCCUCAUAGCACAAACUGUUUCACCUUAAUUGGCAUCCCGAACGCAGCGUACAUCGAGAUACAAUUCUCACAGUUUGACAUCGAAGCGAAUAAGGACGAACUUGCGAUCGGGCCUGGUGCAACUGUGGAUAUAGGGCUCAGCAGUGCCCUCUCCUUGGAUAACGACGCUCGACCGGUGAAUGGCAUCGUAAACAUCACGGGAUCAAGGGCAUGGCUUAAUAUGUUUACCGACCCAAGUAUUACGAGCGGCGGCUACACUUACAGAGUGUGGGCAGAAACGUACGACUGCAUCCCUGAUCCAUGCCAGAAUGGCGCUACAUGUGUGGAUCUGAUGAACGAUUUCGAAUGCAUCUGUCCAUCUGGAUAUACUGGCAAGAUAUGUGAUAUUGAGCUUGACUUCUGUGGCAGCGGCCCAUGUUUGAAUGGUGGCACAUGCAAUGCUGACAGCAAUGGAUAUGUAUGCGAUUGUGUCGCCGGAUGGACGGGACUAAGAUGUGGAACAAAUAUCAACGAGUGUGCCAGUGAUCCGUGUCAGAAUGGAGCGACCUGUGUGGAUGGUAUUAACGAGUGGGCAUGUACGUGUGCAGCUCAAUAUACUGGAGAAAGAUGCGAGAUUUCUCUGAACGCAUGCGGCAUCGCACCAUGUUACAACGGAGCAACUUGUAUCAACGCUGGGCUGGACUACAUUUGUGAAUGUGUCCCUGGUUAUACUGGAGACAAUUGCGAAAUUGAUAUCAACGAGUGUACCAGUCUUCCUUGUCAGAAUGGAGCUACUUGUCUAAAUCAAGUCAACCGGUAUACCUGCCAGUGUAGACAAGGUUUCACUGGAAUUAACUGUGAAGAAGUCGGUUACUGCGAUUUGGAGGGGCAAUGGUACAAUGAAUGCAAUGAUCGUAUCAUCAUCAGUCUUACUUCAACCGGGAUGAUUCUCGGUCAUUACUCCAACAACAUCGGACUUCUUACCGGCUAUGUAGCACCGAACGUGAUGGUGGGAUAUGCCAACCAGAACUGCGACUUUCCUUCUUUCGGGUUCGUUGUGUCAACUGACAAUGGAAAGUCUACCACCAGCUGGUCUGGACAGUGCCACCUAUGCGGAGGGGAAGAAGUCCUCUACCUUACCUGGACCAAUACCAUGAGGGUCAGCACCUGUAUGGACAUCAAGACUGCUACACAUAUCGGACAGGACCGAUGGACCCGCUACAAACAGAGCCAGGCUCCUCGUGAAAACAAUGAAAUCGGAGAUUGACUUGAUGUCAGGAAUAAAUAAAUGAAUAAAGGGAAUAUUGUCAGCAUGGGGGCGGGGUUCAAGGGUGUUUACCUUGGUUUUUUCUUAUUUAACUACUAAGAAAUUGACCCCGAAAAUUGUUUAGUCAUACUGGAUUUGUUCAGAUAAAACCUUACCUGAUUCGUAUAGAAUGAGCACUAGUCGCACAAAAUAUCUAGUACAUUUCAUCACUCGGCCAAUAACACUGAAUUGAUUAUUAUGUAAAGGAUCUAAAUAAAAGAUUCGAUUCGUUUUUAGAGUGUUAACUUUAUGCAUACAGAAGAUCUAAACAUGGAAAAUAUUUGUUCUUCCAUCUGUGUGUAUUAAACAAAAUGUCUUUUGUAAAUAGAGAUUUGUAGGUUUGGGUUAUCAAGUUUACAUUCAUUCGUCCAUUCAUUUAUUCAUACAUUCAUUCAUUCAUUCAUUAAUUCAAUAAGAGUAACGAGUUACAGCUAUGGGAGCAACGGUUUUACUGUUUACUUUUUAUUCUACCCAGAGUCGAUCGUAUUUGUACUCUACGUGCCCUAUUUAAUUUUGUAAAAAAACAAAAAAAAAAUGCUCAGAAUUGGCACUGAGGCAUUUAUAGUGUUAAAAGAAAACGGUUCCGGGAUUUUUCUCAAAGAAAACAAUUUUACUUGUAUGCUUAUAUUGUUACAGCUGCAUGUCCAGCUCCCAUAUUUUAAGCUAGUCAAUACCGGGGUAAAAUUAUUCUUUUUCUUUUUAUUAAAAUUAUCAUAUAUUCCCUUUCUUCAAAUAGUGUACUGUCUACUUGUAAAUAGUUUUUUGGACGGGGAUUACAAACAGAAAUCAAUAUUAGUUUAAAUGACUGAAAUAUAUAGUGCUUAUAUCACUAUACAUGUAACUUGUUUUUACUUUAUGCACGUCACAGUGCUGAAUGUUUACGUUUAAAGUUCGACUUUAGCAUGUUUAGCGUAUCGAUGCAUUUUGCCAUAAUGAUUAUGGGAAGACGAUUUAUCCACUGGCGGAUCCAGGGGUGGGGGACAAAGCCGGCCCGUGCUCCCCCCCCCCUUUGAGAGGCACAAUUAAAAUUUGUAAUGAAAAAAAUGCCGUUAAAACAGAAGUGUGCCUCCCCCCCCGAAAGUUAAGAACACUUUUUUGCUUGUCAAUUUUUUUCGUGGACGAAAUGUCCUCAGGCUUAUUUUUUGUUGAAAACCUUUUUUUUAUUUUUUAUUUUAUAAUUUAUCUUUUUUUGCUUGUCAAAUUUUUCCCCGAAAAAAUGUGCCCCCCCCUUUUGGAAAAUCGUGGAUCCGCCCAUGGAUUUAUCAUCUGACUUUCACCGUAUUAGGGAGUUUUCACUCUGAGACCUACGGAUGAUUCAAUAACAGAGUAAAUGUAUCGCAAUAUCCAUCACAUGACAAAGAAUGGCUGGGAGUUCUAUGUCGAAAGUUGGUGAACCGUAACUCCAGUUUCAUCCUAAGUUUCAGAGCUGACGAUAAAUUGCAUAUACGUCUCUUGUUUUUAAUCACUUGUUUAUAAGAAGAAAUGUGUCGUCUUGUAUUUCGUGUCUAAAUUAUACGGACAAGUUAUACAACUAAAUUAUACGGACAAACUUAAAAAACAAACAAACAAUAUACAGUACUAUUCGUGAAUCUUUGGUGGAAAGAAUCAAUAAGCAGUCUUUCAAUGGAAAUAAAUAUAUUAUAUUUCUUUCUUGAAA